UCCCCGCCGCCGCUGCAGCCGCCUCUGCGCGCCCCGCCCCACGUCCAGCGCCGCUUGCAGCGGAGGCCUCGGCUUCCCCGGGCCGCACCGGCGCCCCCUGCAGGACGCGGCGGGCAGCGCUGCCGGAAGAGCUCGAGCCUCCUGCCACCGUGUCCGCUGCCUCCGCCGCCACCGCCACCGUCGAGCUCCGCGGGGCCCCGAGUCCCAGCCGAGUGUUCUCGGAGCCGCCCGCCGCGCUCCCCGCGCCCCUCGCGCUCCCCGAGCCGCCGCGCCUCCCGCUCGGCCUUCGUCCUCAGCUCCCGCCCGCACCCGCCUUCACUCUGGAGCGGCCCGGGCAGCCGCAGCAGGGGCGGCGGCGGCGCAUCGAGGAGCUCUCCAGGUCGUCCCGGGAGAAGCUGCUGCAGUCCCGGGACAGGAUGUUUUCCAAGCUCACGUCCAUCCUGCAGCACGCCGUGGAGGCGCUUGCACCGUCUCUGCCGUUACAAGAAGAUUUUGUGUAUCAUUGGAAGGCCAUCACCCAUUACUACAUAGAAACCUCAGAUGAUAAAGCCCCCGUGACAGAUACGAACAUCCCGUCCCACCUGGAGCAGAUGUUGGACAUACUGGUACAAGAGGAAAAUGAGCGAGAGUCUGGGGAGACGGGGCCGUGUAUGGAGUACCUGCUCCAUCACAAGAUCUUGGAGACGUUGUACACCUUAGGGAAGGCCGACUGUCCUCCGGGGAUGAAGCAGCAGGUUUUACUCUUCUAUACCAAGCUUCUGGGAAGAAUCCGGCAGCCCCUGCUUCCGCACAUCAACGUUCACAGGCCGGUGCAGAAAUUAAUCCGACUGUGUGGCGAGGUGCUUGCCACACCAACGGAAAAUGAAGAGAUCCAGUUUCUCUGCAUCGUCUGCGCGAAGCUGAAACAGGAUCCCUACUUGGUCAACUUCUUUCUGGAGAACAAGUCCAAGUCGCUCACUUCCAAAGGAACUCUGAGUGUCACCUCAGCUGAUAACCCCAAAAGUCAGGACCCCGUGUCAGCGGACAGCAGCCAGUGCCACCAGCCGCAGGAGCUGCCCCGUGCUCCUGGGGUGGGGCACACGGAGCCAGAGGAAGAGCCCCCUCACCAGAUGGAUGAGCUGUCUGCAAGCUUGGAUGACCUCAAUGUCACCUCACUGCCAGAGGCCUCCAACAGUCGGCCGAAACAAGAUUACAACUUAGUGAAUUCUCUGUUGACCCUGACAAAGAGCCCUGACGGCCGGAUAGCCGUGAAAGCAUGCGAGGGCUUGAUGCUCUUGGUGAGUCUGCCAGAGCCUGCGGCUGCCAAGUGCCUUGCUCAGAGCACCUGCUUGUGCGAGCUGCUGACCGGCAGACUUGCCUCCCUGUACCAGGCCCUCCCCCAGACGGUGGAUCCCUUGGAUAUUGAAACUGUGGAGGCAGUGAACUGGGGGUUGGACUCCUAUAGUCAUAAAGAGGAUGCGUCAGCGUUCCCUGGGAAGCGAGCCUUAAUUUCAUUUCUUUCCUGGUUUGAUUAUUGUGAUCAACUCAUCAAGGAAGCACAAAAGACUGCUGCUGUUGCUCUCGCCAAAGCCAUCCAUGAAAGGUUCUUUAUCGGUGUCAUGGAGCCUCAGCUGAUGCAGACCUCCGAGAUGGGGAUCCUGACAUCGACGGCUCUGCUGCAUCGCAUUGUUCGACAAGUGACCUCGGACGUCCUGCUUCAGGAGAUGGUGGCCUUUAUCCUCGGAGAGCAGAGGGAGCCAGAAACGCUGUCGGAAAUUAGCAGGCAUCCCCUAAGACAUAGGUUAAUCGAGCAUUGUGAUCACAUAUCUGAUGAGAUAAGCAUCAUGACCCUGAGGCUGUUCGAGCAUCUUCUGCAGAAGCCCAGCGAGCACAUUCUUUACAACCUGGUCCUGAGAAACCUGGAGGAAAGGAACUACACGGAAUAUAGGCCUUUGUGCCCGGAAGAUAAGGAUGCGGUGGAGAAUGGGCUGGUGGCUGGAGCUGUAGAUCUGGAGGAAGAUCCAUUAUUUACUGACAUUUCACCAGAUAACAUUCUGCCAAACCAAGAGUGGAUCAGUUCACCCCAUGCCAGCCCAGACCACCCCAAAAAUGAUGGCAAGACGGAAGUCCAUAAAAUCGUCAACAGUUUCCUCUGUUUAGUACCAGAUGAAGCAAAGUCAUCCUACCAUGUCGAGGGCACUGGGUAUGACACCUACCUCAGAGAUGCUCACAGGCAGUUCCGAGACUACUGCGCUGUCUGUUUGCGAUGGGAGUGGCCCGGAGCCCCAAAACCACUGGAGAAGUGUGACUUAGAAGCAGCCUUCUUUGAAGGACAUUUUUUGAAAGUUUUAUUUGACAGAAUGGGAAGAAUUCUUGACCAGCCGUAUGAUGUGAAUCUGCAGGUGACCUCAGUGUUGUCCAGGCUGUGCCUCUUCCCCCACCCCCACACCCAUGAGUACCUUCUGGACCCCUAUGUGAACCUUGCCUCUGGCUGCAGAUCGCUCUUCUCUGUGAUCGUCAGGGUUGUUGGUGACCUGAUGGUUCGAAUUCAGCGUAUUCAAGACUUCACCCCUAAGCUUCUCCUAGUCAGAAAACGACUGCUCGGCUUGGAGCCUGAAGGCCAGAUUAUCGACCACAUCACGUUGCUAGAGGGUGUGAUUGUCUUAGAGGAGUUCUGCAAGGAGCUGGCAGCCAUUGCCUUUGUGAAGUACCACGCUUCCGCCACACCGUGAGUGACAUCACCGUGAUCUCUGGGAACCCGCGUUACUGUGUACAUUUCAUCCGUAAAGACUCAGCUCCACCCAGCCAUGAGAGGACGAGAACCUUGUCAGUGAAGUAGGAAUCUGCUGCCUGGCUGCUGCCGGUGAACAGGCCUGUUGUCGCUUCCCUGGCUCCGUCAUGAUUCUCUGUGUAAACUGCACGUUGUUGAAACCCGGGAUGCAAUCAGAUCUUCUGGAUAGCAUUUCCAGUGACCGAAAAGCUGCAAAACUCCUGAUGUCAGGACUUUGCUGGUAUUUCUGUUAUUUUAAUAUCCUCCCAGGCAGCAAAGCAUUUUGACAUUCUCUGAGACUUAAAUGCUUAUAUUCUUUUGUAUUAAUAAGCAGCAAAAAAUCACUAAUUUUAUAACUUUUUAAGGUUAAGAUUCUUAUCAUACAAAAUAUUUAAGAAAAUUGUAAAUGAGAAAGAAAUGUAGUUGAGGAGCCCUCAGAAGGCUCCAGGAGAUGAAACACAGAGAACAGCAUCAACUUCUUCAGCUUUUGUAAGAAAACAAUUUAAUAUGAUAAAAAAGUAUUAAUUAAUAUAUAUUUUUAAAGAAAUGUUCUUUUACUCUUUUGUGCCAUGUUCGUGUUGAUUUCCCUGUGUGGCUCCAGUUUCUCCACAUUCACGUUUGCAGCAGUCUUGGGCUCGUCCACCUCAGUGGUAGCGUUUGUUAAAGUAGUAUCCUGUAAAGCUAGUUAACACAUGCUGAGACCUUCCCCAUGCCUUCUCUGAGAAUGGCUUUAUGAAACUGUUUCAUAAUUGACUUUCUUAGUGGAGUGGGCGUGUCCAGGUGGGAGCUGACAGCAAGUCUGAGGAGGCCGUCAGGGUGCCGAGGGCCUCUUCCUGUUUACAUUUGCUUUCAUUUUGUUCCGUCUUUUGUCUUAAGAGAUUCUAAAGAGAUUUUAAAAAAGUCUAUGUUGAGUUCACACCUUAGCGGAUUUGAGGAGCCUGAGUGUGUGGGAGUGGCCUGGAUGCAGGAUGUCUAGGUGAGCCGAGUUGCAGGGCACAGUUGCAGGUCACCUGCUCAGCCUGUCUCUGCAGCCGCUCAGAGGUGGGCUGCUGUGAAAACAGCGGGCGGCACUUUCCUCUCUGCUGUCGGGAGGCUCCACCUCCACCCCUCUGUGAUGUCACCAGAUGUGUGUGCACAGCCACAGCGCGUGGCAUGUGCUCAGAGCGCGUUUGACGCUUUGUUCAGUCUAUUUUACUAGCGUUUCUGAUUCAUGUUAUAGUUCAGUUUCGCCACUUAGAAACAAAAUGCUGACAGUAUGAAUAGCCUGCCUCAGGUCUAGGGCGGUCAUUCUUGUCAAAACAAAACAACUGUGCAUUUCCAACAAGAUGCAGAUCUUUCUUUGCUCAUCAAGAACUCCACUAUAACAACAGGAGACAGUGAUUCCCUGCAUGGUUUUCCUUCUGUGGCCGUGAGUGAUGAGAAAUGGUUUUGUUGUAUUUAUUGACCAGUUUGUGCAAGAAUUACCACAGCACCUUCAUUUUUAAAUGUUGCUGCAGUCUACUUAGAUGAAGGUGUAUUU